AUGGCCCAGGAGAGACUGCAAUAUGAGAAAUCGUUGCGUGUUUGUGAAAUGUGGUGCCGAGAUCAACGCAAAAAGAGAACUUGCGUUAUGUUAGCAGCAGCACAGAAAACAGUGAUUUCCACAUGGACUGACUAUUACAAAAGUCAAAGUAUUGUUGGUCUCUGUGAAAUUGCAGAUAAGCAAUAUCCUGCAGUAGUGGAUUUCAUGGAAACCAGAAAGGACAAGUCGUGCAUCCCUCCGAAAGCCUUUUAUGAAAUGUUAGGUCUGUAUGUUGCAAUGUUGGAAGAAGCUAGUGCAUUCUCAGACCACAUUCACUUGGAAAGUGCAGCCAGUAUGCAACAGAUUGUCUCACCUGUGGUGCAGAAACACCGAAAAGAGGUGCAAAUCUUUAUUUGUAAAGCAUUAAUAAUUGAUGAUUAACCCAUUGAGCAGCAAUAUGCCCCACUGCAUCCUACUUAUUUUUUUUUACUUGUCUAACGCCAAAUGAUUUUACUCUUCAAUGGGGAAGCUCUGCAGCUUAAUGGUUAAUCAAAAAAUCUAACAAUGUCUCUAGUUAACCCAUUGAGCCACAGUGCGCCCUACUUAUUUUUUUUACUUGUCUAACGCCAGAUUUUUUUUACUUGUCUAACGCCAGACGAUUUUACUCGUCAAUGGGGAAGCUCUGCAACUUAAUGGGUUAAACUUCAAAAGCAAUAUAAAAUAUUUUAUCAACUGGUACUCUAAAUAAAAUGGUACACUAGGGAGACAGUAUCAAAGAAUAUUUAUACACUGCCUAUAAAAUUAAUGUAAUUCACACCUAAGGAAAAUUUUAGAAAAUCUUACAAAAUUAAACUUUUUCUUUUAUUAAUACAGGUUACAACUCAGAGUAUAAUUUUUUUAAAGAUGAAGCCUUGCCAGCACUCCAAAAAAUGGUCAAGGAAAAGGUUGCAGAAGCCAAAACAAUUCUGGAGAAGGACCGAGAGAAAUAUGGGUAUUGUGUAGAAUACAAAAAGGCCAAAAGAAAGGCACAGAAGAGAAGGAUGAAAGCAAAGAGAGCAAAGGCAGUAACUGGAGAGUCAUCCAAGGAAAGUGGAAGUCCAAUUGGUGAUGUGCAGGAGACAGAGGUUGCUGUGGUUCAGUUAGUAGAUGUCAAAGAGGAUUAUUACAGCAGUAUCAGUGAAGCAGAAUCAUGCAGCAACUGA